AUGUGUAACCCUCACUUCACAUCAUCUCCAGGUUCUACUGCAUCAGACGAGACAGUGAUCCUCAACUUCUCCCAGCUUGAGCCAGCCGAGGACCCUGUUGCAGCCCAAGGCAGUCAACCUAAAAGGCCUUGCCGGAUCAACUAUGAAGCAAGAGCUCUGAUUGAAAAAAUCCUGACUACAAAGCCUGGAGGUGACCGUAUCAUGGAGGAGUAUGCAAAAACAAAAUCAAUCACGGAUUCAACCAGAAGACGGCUCAUCAACAUACUUACUGCAGAAAUGACCGAAACACAUGGGACCUCGCCACCCCGGAGUGUGAAAGUGAUGUAUGCACAGGGGAUUAUUGCUCUGUUUCCCUACCUUGAAGACCCAUACUCACAGAAUGGAUUUGAACACUACUACGAUCCGGAAAGCGGUUCAGGAUAUAUUGCUUGGCGGUUGAAGACUAUUCAACGAAAAGCUUCAGAGGAAAGAGGUCCAGCAGUUAGAUCUCCUAGAGUUGGUGGGCCAGGCCAUGGACGUACUACACCCCUUACUGAUGAAGUCCUGACUGAUGAGGAGGUGGAAUCAGCUAUCGCUGUGUUGAGACAUUCUGCUGAUGAGGAAACCAUCCGUGAAAAAAUGAAAACCACCUUCAGUUACCGCCAAGCAAUGGUCAAUGACCAUGACAAAUCGGCAGAGGUCUUCUCAGUUUUUCCACGAUUCCUGGACACACCGGGGCUGGUAGAGCAGGAUUUCAGACUGAUGUUUUGCGAGCAGACUGCCAAUAAGUUCCUGGAGAGAUGGCCUACCACUUUCAAAGCAAGAGUCAUCAAGGAAAGCCAUGGACUGGUCCCCUCCACAGACCUUCUUGAUUUGAUGCACAAUGCUGAGACAUCCACUGAAGUUGAAAAUGGGUGGGACAGUGACAUGUCUGCCAUCAUACUGCUGCUACAUCUGCUACCGCCAUCUGCACAGGGACGCAAGAGGCCAGGGAAGAUAUCAGCAUCUAAUGCCGUCGAUCACCUCAUCAAAUUUCAAAAGACGGGAACAAGCCUGCAGCAGCAUCUAGACAACAUCACUCAAAGCCGCCAGCCCUACCUCCUUGCACAGGGACCCACAAAAAGCAGCAUUCACUCCUUCUUCAUUGCCAUCGACAAGCACGCACUUCCAUGCCAAGCCACCACCUCAGUCGGAGCCCUGGAUGAACUCUUCAAGGCCCACUUUGUCUUUGGUACAUCUUACAGUCCUGCCUUGAACAACUUUUUCACUUUUCUCCAAACUGCCAUUUACAACAUUGAUGUAGGGAAAACUAAGGAAACGCCAAGAAUUGCAGAAUUGCGAGCUAGAAUGGUGCGUUAGACUUAAUUUUAAAAACAAUGAGGUGCUUUCUUUGCAGUAAUGAUCUUGGUGGAUCAAACAAUCUUGUAAAGCAUCUCAAAGUAAUACAUGGACUCUGUACGGGAAGGACUCUUUAUCUUCAAUGUGGCCAAGUGGGAUGCUCACGUUUUUUCAAUAGUUUUUCUGGUUUUAGGAAGCACUUGAACAAGUGUCAUGUGAAUAGUGCGUCUGCUGUUAUUGCUAAUGCUGAACCACCACAGUGUCAAAGUGUUCGGGAUGGUGGUAAUGCAAAUCCAGCAGAAGAGCCAUAUGGGGCAGAGGUUGAGUCAGAGCCAGCCUUAUCGUCACAGCACCUUGUAAAUAGUUGUGCCUCUGUCAUUUCAGAUCUAAAGGCAGCAGGUGUUGCCCAGUCUGUUGUUAAUUCUGUUGUGACUUCUUUGGAGGAUAUUGUUCAGGACAUACAUGAGCAUGCAAAAGAGUCAGUCAUCCAGUGUGUAUUUCGCGAUCAAAGAGAAACUGAAACAUGCAAAAAUGUUGAGGAAUGUCUUAACCAAUUAGAGAAUCCGUUUACAGCUCUUAAUUCAGUGUACAAACACUCAAAAUUUAUGUCGAGCAAGUGGGAAACUGUGGAACCAGUAGAGCUUGUAAUUGGCUCAAGAUUUGACUCGAGGCUCAACAAAAAGACAGGAACAUAUGACCAAGUAGUAGUUAAAGACACAUUUAUGUAUGUUCCAAUUUUAUUGACAUUAAAGUCAAUAUUCAAUAGUGAACACGCCAGAGAAAUGCUCAGAAGCCCACAUAUUAGUGAUUCAAAACUAAGAGAUAUUUGUGAUGGCUCUUUCUUCAAAACUCAUCCUCUAUUUUCAUCAGACAGACACACGAUACAGAUACAAAUGUUCUACGAUGACCUGGAGACGGGGAAUGCUUUGGGAAGCAAGAAGGGGAUUCAUAAAUUGGGUGCCAUCUAUUUUACUUUGAGGAAUUUCCAACCAAAGUGGAAUUCCAUUUUGGCCAAUAUACAUCUUUGCGCCUUGUUUCAUGCUACAGAUGUGAAGCGUUACAGUUAUAGUGCAGUUUUAGAUCCUAUUGUUCGUGAUCUCAAAAAGUUGGAGAAUGAUGGCAUUGAUAUUCCAUUGUAUGGUGGCUGUGUUCGUGGCAGUGUUAUACAGGUCACUGGAGAUAAUUUAGGCCUACAUAGUUUGUUUGGUCUGGUUGAGAGUUUCAGUGCAAGGUAUUGCUGUAGAUUUUGUUUAGCUGAAAAAGAGGACUUCCAAACUGAAUUCUCCGAAGAGUCUCCAAAAAUUGUGUUGCGCACCAAAGACACCCACACUGCUCACUGCCAAGAAAUGGCAAAUAAGCCCUCUCUUCCUUAUGUAUUUGGUGUGAAGAGAUCAUGCUCACUGAAUUCACUUACAUAUUUUCACACAACUGAGAACUAUUCAGUUGAUAUUAUGCAUGAUCUAUUAGAGGGUGUCGUACAAUUUGAAUUAAAGCAGCUGUUUUUGUAUUUGGAAGAACACAUUACACCAACAGAACUGAAUUCAAGAAUAUUAAGUUUUGAUUACGGUUUCACAGAGAGAUGUAAUAGGCCAGUGGCUGUGAAUUUAAGUGCAGAGUCUAAUGAUUUGGGAUUAAAUGCAAUUCAGUCAUGGUGCUUGCUGAGGAAUGUUCCCCUUAUAUUUGGAGAUUUGGUAGCCUCUACAAACCCACACUGGAUCCUGCUCAUUUUGUUAUUACAGAUAGUAAACAUUGUAUUCUCUCCCGUGUUAUCUCAAGGCCUGUGUGUGUAUUUGAAACAUUUGAUUGUUCAACAUCACAAACUGUUUAAGGAGGUAUAUCCUCAGAAAAAACUUUUACCCAAGCACCAUUUCCUUAUACAUUAUCCUCGCUGCAUUCAAAAAAUAGGACCUGUACUUCAUAGCUGGUGCAUGCGAUAUGAAGGUAAACACAAUUUCUUCAAGAAACAGCUGAAGUCCUUUAAAAAUGUCACCAAAACGUUGGCCAAAAAGCACCAAAAUCAUAUUGCACACAAGUGGCAAUCCUCAACAACCUUUAUUCGCUUGGACAUUGGUCCAGGAAAAAGUGUGCCUUUAAAUAUGAUCAAUGGUGGUUCAGUGAUUGCUAUGGAGAUGAAAAUGUCCAAUUGUGAAAAGGUAAUUAAAGUAACGUGGGCUAAGCACAAUGGGUAUGUAUACCGCCAACAUCAAGUCAUUUGUGGUGAAGUUCUCAAUGAAAUGCCUCUGUUUUACCAGAUUGACUCAGUUGUGAUCAUACAGGACAAAGCGGUGCUGCUCACCAUACCUUUAUUUACAGUAGCUUUUCAAGAACAUUUCUUUGCUUAUGAAGUGAUUCGGACAAAGAAAGAUUUUGUUGCCUUUCAUGUUGAUUAUCUUCCACAUCUAAGACCUUUUGAUGUACAAAUGUCAUAUGGAGAGAAAGACACCGCUUUGUACAUUGUCCCAUAUUGUCAUCUCUGAGGAGUUAUUAGGAAAUAAAUGGUGCUACAGUA